CUUGGUAACUUGGUAACUUGGUAAUCAUGGGCCGUAUACGAUCCGACACCCACACGUCUACCAGGGACUCGAAUCGAAGACCGAGUGUUUGGGCAGGUAGUUUGCGGCGUGAUCACAUUCGCCUGGACGAUCUUCAGUCCGACAUGAUUCAGGAAGACCAGCCGUAUACCUCGUCAAAAUCAGGACCGUCCAACGCUUCAAGACCUUCGUUUGCAUGGCCUUUUCAUGGCCGUCAGGGUUCAGAAGUACCUUCGACUGCGAGAUCAAGUCAUUUCACACUUCGAACUUGGGGACAGCCCCGAAGUUUCUUCCGCCCUCAUGAAGAUACCGCAAGCAUCGAUAGGAGUAUUGUCCCAGACUACGUGGUCAACUUCUUAAGAGGAGAAACGCCUGAGACUCUAGCACAGAAGAAGAAGCAAAAGAAAUGGGGCCAGCAUGGUGUCGAAGUUACGCCCUGUAGAGGGACGUUCGCGUCGCAUCCUAUCGAAUUUGGCCAUUAUCUCUCCCCUAGUGCAGAUGUCGGUCGUGAUCUAGAUACAAGUGGUAAUUGGAGUCAACAAAGUAACAUACGGAGGCAUAUCACCGGAUGGCGAGGUGGAAUCAUAUUCAACACAUUAAUUUCGUUUCUAAUUUUACUCGUUGGCAUCAUUUGCUUAAUACUGGUCAUCACCAAAUCUAAACUUAUAUCUGGGGAAUCAUCCAUCUUUUCGGGCGACUGCACAACAGCCGAACAUAUCAACGUCGGAAUUCACAUCGCUAUUAACAUAUUUUGCGUCGCUAUUCUUUCCGGAGCAAAUUACGUGUUCCAGGUCCUCUCGAGCCCGACGAGACGAGAGUUGACGGCGGCACACGAAAAUAAGAACUGGCUUGAUAUCGGCAUACCCUCGUUACGCAACUUCACAUAUAUCUCUGGGUUCAGAGCUUCGAUCGCAAUCAUUGCCCUCGUGAGCGCGGUCAUGACUCAAGUAAUAUAUAAUGCGGUAAUCUUCACGACUCAGAAUGUAGUCAACUACGACGUACUGUUCGUAACACAAUCGUUUCUCGACCACGCUCCUUUUAGCAACGAUACGAAGUUCAACGAGGGCGGACUCUCUAGUAUCGAUAUCACCAGACUCCAGGAUGCCAGCAGCCAGAAUACGCUGACCGACCUGGAUUCGACGACCUGUCUACACGAAUUUAGCGACAUAUUCCAACCUUCUUUUGAUACUGUUUUACUUAUCACGGACUCGACUUCCACUACAUCGUCUCUCAUUCAUGCCAGCAAGUCUGGUACUCCACUAACUACAUUCACUUCGAACAACAACGAUAUCGUGGCCCCAGACGGCUCACUUGUUCAACGCUGCCUCGCCCGCCCUAGUGCGCCGCAGAGCUGCAGUGUCAACCUUAGCGGUUCCAUCCUAGGAGUCGCUGUAUUACUCAACCUCGCAUCCGUCAUUAGCAUGGCGAUCAUUCUCGCAAGGUCUACUUUCGAUCCUCUCGUAACACUUGGCGAUUCGAUCCGCUCGUUUCUCCGCAAUCCCGACCCGACGACGGCUAAUAUGUGCCUAUUAACAAAGACCGAUGUCAAACAAGGCCGUUGGGGUUCUAGCGAAGCUCGAUUCUUCGUCCCAGCUAAUCACUUCUGGGCACAGACUCCAUCGCUCCCCCGCUGGGUGCUAACGGCGUUUGCCUGGCUGGCAAUUGGGGCACCAACUGCGGUUGCUGUCGCAUUCCUAGUCCCUAAGGUCACAGAAAACCCCUUCACACCCUUCGGCGUCGCAGUACCUCGCUUAACCUAUCUUCUACCCUCCCCUGUCCAGGCAGCGCAGAUGGCGCUCUUCGCCGCAUUGCCACAGCUAUUUCUCGCUAUGCUCUAUUUCGUCACUAACUCUCACCUCACAACGUACUUCCUUUCUCACGAAUUAUCGCUCUUCGCCCUCGGCCCUCGGCCUCUCCGAGUCUCCUCCAACGUAGCCGGCGGGCAAAAUACAAGUCUCUACCUAACGUUGCCUCGUCCUGUCUCUUGGGCUUUGAUCGGUUGGUUCGCCGCAAUGGGAUUUGCGCUCAGCCAAGCCAUGUUUCCCGGCGUCAUCAUUCUCUCGUCACGUCGAUCACCGAACCUGCCCCCCAACGAGAUCGUAGCUAUCUCGUUCAGUACGGAAGCACUGAUCGCCUUGCUCGGUCUCCUUCUAAUCCUAAUCCUUGCCAUCCUUGGUCUUGGGCUAAAACGCGCACCAGCAGCAUCGCUGGCUAGUGGAGAGGCCAAGGGCAACCCGAUGGUCUUGGGUGGUGGUUCCUGCAGCGCUGUUAUAAGCGCUAAGUGCCACAACCACAAUGUCGUUGCACCGGUACAGGACAGCGAUCGUCAUCCGUGGCUCCAUCCUAUUGCCUGGGGCGUUGUCGAGGAAGGAACCGGCAUGCGGCCCGGCCGGUGCGGAUUCUCCGCCAGUGGAACGGGCUGUGUGGACGCGGGGCGGAACUACGUCUGAGGGGUUUGGAUUCAGCGUCAUUUUUGGAAUUUAGCGAUAGCGAGGAUGUACUAACUAAACAUUCUAUAUAUAUACACAUAUACCCCCAUCGCGUUCGCGGGAGCGUGGUUUUUCUUCCCCCUUUUCGGGUCUACGGUUUGGUCUCGGGUUCGGGUACUACAUAUAUCGAACGAGGCGUUACGUGAUGAUUCAAGAGAGCGGAUACGUCGAAUAUGCCUACGCCGGAAAUGGGGGAUAGGGUAGACGGACGAGCUGUCUGAUUGACAGGACCGGGGCUCCUAGGAAGGUUCUCAGGCGGGAUUGAUUCUCGCAAUGUAGCGGUUUAGCGAACGCGCACUACUACUACUAUAUCUACCUACCUACCUAGGUACCUAGGUAGGU